CUCCAUAAUGUUUUACCUAACAAGAUUUUGAAGUUGCCAUUCGCUGAGUUGGCGUACCACUACCUGUAACAUACAGAAACCUUGAGAAACGCCUAAACCCUAAUUAUCUCUGGAAGUUCCCAUUCCUUGACAACCAUCACCAUGGCUGAACUCAAGCUUUCUGAAAGCCGAGACCUGACCCGAAUUGAGCGCAUAGGCGCCCACUCCCACAUCCGAGGACUUGGUCUUGACUCCGCCCUUGAACCCCGAGCAGUCUCGGAGGGCAUGGUUGGCCAGACUGCAGCCAGAAAGGCCGCCGGCGUCAUCCUACAGAUGAUAAAGGAUGGGAAAAUUGCCGGUCGAGCCGUACUUCUGGCGGGCCAACCGGGUACUGGAAAAACCGCAAUUGCAAUGGGCAUGGCGAAAUCGCUCGGCCUCGAGACGCCAUUUGCUAUGAUAUCUGGCAGCGAAAUCUUCUCGCUGGAGAUGUCUAAAACAGAAGCCCUAAUGCAAGCCUUUCGAAAAGCAAUCGGUGUGAGAAUUAAAGAAGAAACCGAGUUAAUCGAAGGCGAAGUCGUUGAAGUCCAAAUCGAUAGGCCAGCUGUAGCUGGUGCGGCGUCGAAGACAGGGAAAUUGACACUAAAAACGACUGAAAUGGAGACGGUUUAUGAUUUGGGGGCGAAGAUGAUAGAAGCGUUGGGGAAGGAAAAAGUUCAAAGUGGGGAUGUAAUUGCAAUCGAUAAGGCGUCCGGAAAAAUUACAAAGCUCGGUAGGUCAUUUUCACGGUCGAGGGACUACGAUGCUAUGGGGCCACAGGUGAAGUUUGUUCAAUGCCCCGAUGGUGAGCUGCAGAAGAGGAAAGAGGUGGUGCAUUGUGUGACGCUUCACGAGAUUGAUGUCAUCAACAGCAGAACACAAGGGUUUCUGGCUCUCUUCACUGGUGAUACUGGUGAAAUCCGUGCAGAAGUGAGAGAACAAAUUGACACAAAGGUGGCAGAAUGGAGGGAGGAAGGCAAGGCAGAUAUUGUGCCAGGUGUUCUCUUCAUUGAUGAGGUGCACAUGCUGGAUAUUGAAUGUUUCUCUUUCCUGAAUCGUGCUCUUGAGAAUGAAAUGGCUCCAAUAUUAGUUGUUGCAACCAACAGAGGGAUCACUGCAAUUCGAGGCACAAAUUACAAAUCUCCACAUGGGAUUCCCAUAGAUCUCCUUGAUCGGCUACUAAUUAUCACAACUCAGCCUUAUACAAAGGACGAAAUUAGCAAGAUUGUUGACAUUAGAUGCCAAGAAGAAGAAGUGGAAAUAUCUGAAGAGGCAAAGGCUUUAUUAACGCAUAUUGGAGUGGAAACGUCUUUGCGAUAUGCUAUUAAUCUCAUUACUGCUGCUGCAUUGGCAUGCCAUAGGCGCAAGGGAAAACUUGUAGAGAGUGAGGACGUCACUCGAGUUUACAAUCUGUUUUUAGAUGUGAAGAGAUCAACACAAUACUUGAUGGAGUAUCAGAACCAGUACAUGUUUAAUGAAGUACCAGUAGGGGAUGGUGAUGAAGAUGAUCCGAGUGCCAUGCUUUCAUGAGGGAAUCAGAUAUUUGUAUGACAUUGACAAGCUUGCAAUUGUGCCAAUGUAGGAUCAUGAUAUCAGGAGCUGAUAUUUACACUGAAAUGAAUGCAGAUUCCAGUAUUCAUUGUUUAAAUCUGUGGUGAACCAAAUAACGAUAAUAUGCCACUGUUGUGAGAUAUCAAGCAGGCUCUAAUGUUUUAAAUUUAGAUGCAUGACGUGUAGGAAAUGGACAUGACUGAAACCGUUGAAGGACAGUAUCAGGUAGAAAUGUGAGAUCACAUUGUUUGAUGAACUUGAUGUCGGAAUUUAGGUUAUUCAACCACUUUGAGAUUUUUUUUUAAUUACAGAAUGAUUACAAAUUUGCCAUGUAGCCUAUUCUGUUUGUUGAGUGGUUGCAGAAUAAUGGUCAUGCAUUCUCUUUUUGCCCGAGUCUAAUAUUUACUCGGAUCAUCCAGUAUGCGUGUGCCUUUCGUGUAUGACUCGAAUGUUCUGUUUCUUUUUAAUCUCUCAAAUAAAAUAAAUAUUUAUUUUAUUCCCA